GAUUAAUUGAUAUUUUGAACCCAGAAUAACAGUAAGGAGUUUAUCCGAGUUCAAAUCAAGAAGCAGGCCAAAAAAUAUGACAACGACGCUUUACAUUGAAAAUUCCAAAAUCAAUUACUGAAAGACAUGAGUUGGAGAGCAAGGCUAUCACAUGUGUUUGAAGAACUUCGUAUCGUUUAUUCUACCAAGCACCCCGAAAGUUCUGGAGUUCGGAACUUCAUUGCUGCAAACUAUGACGAACUGAAAUUGUUGAACCCUGGACUCCCCUUUUAUGUCAGGUGCUGUGACGGUAUCAAGCCGCAUGUAUCCACUCGUAUGAGCAACGGAUUUUACGAAACCUCUUUAGUUGCUGGCCUCGACGUCCAAGGCAUAGAGAGGACUCUACAGAGACUGGUUCAAAAGGGCGAGGAACAAACAAAAAGACCGUUACUAGGUAGCAAGGCCUGUCAAACCGUUCAGUUCGCAAAUAUCAUAUGAAGCGAGUGUUGCGUUUGGACCGAUAUUAGUAUAAGCAUAAAAUACGGUAAAAACUACUCUUCGAUAGUCUUACUUGAAAUAAAACUCUCAUGAGAAGUGCUCAUAUCUUUCUUGGAACGAAAAAUAUUGCCAGCGCAUAUUCCUACAAGGAUAAUAAGACCAUAGUUACGAUUGGAACG